UAUAAAAACAAUACUGACGACAGUACGGUCUACUAUCCUAUCUGUUGCAGCAAAAAAAAGAUGUGCAGUCGAACCAGAAAAAUACAUUUUUGUAAUGUUACAAAAUCAGAUUGACAAUAUGCUGAAUGUGCGUGGAAAUUGUGGAUCUCUGUAGCUGAAGGUUGAGUAUCAUGACGACAUAGAUACUUGCAAAGGCUCCAUCAGCAUUAAUCGUCAAUAUUACUGUCCUGCCUGGCGUGAUAUUGAUGAUAAAGAGGCAUUCGAACUGCAUGAACAAAAAUGGGGAGGAAAACGAGACACUUGCAUAAAUAUGGAAUCAUUGUAUCAUUCGCUGUUGCUUUUCUUCUUUAUGUUGAGGUCAGGCAUAUUAUGAAUCCAAAACAACCAGACUCUCCUUCAGACACAGAGAAAGUAGAAAAUAGGAAAAGAUGGGAAAAAUACACUCUUGAUACCCAUACUACUGAAGAACUAAUAACAACUGCAAAGAAGGUUAACCAAAAUGAGAACUUUGUGGCUCUUUGUGUGAUCAACGGUGCAUAUCUGCCUUUCCUUCUAAGUUGGCUUUGCAAUACGGCAAACAUGGAUGUACACCGACACCUCCUGAUUGUCAUAUCGGAUGAAAACGCUGUCCAACAAGUCAGGUUCCUAUGGCCAGACUUGUACGUUAUGAGCAUUACUAUCCCUGAAGAGAAUCUCAACAAGAAUUUAACAUUUGGUGAAGCUGGAUACUUGAGAUAUUUGUUAGUAAGAAUUGAGAUCAUGUACACAUUGAUUAACAAUGACAUCAAUGUAGUUCUAUUUGAAGCAGAUGCAGUCUGGUUCAAGAACCCAUUGGCACUAGUGACAAGUAUGAAUGAGUAUGAUAUAAUUGGUUCUACCACUAAUACACACCAUCUAGCAUUCGGAUUUAUGUUUCUGCGAUCCAAUAAAAUUAUGAUAAAAAUAUUUGGAAGCCUCGUCCUAGAGAUGAGAUUUUUAAUUGUAUCUUUACAAGACCGUGAUGCCAAAGAGGACGUCCACAUAAUGGCAUACGACCAAGACUACUUAGCCAAAAAUUUGGAAAAACAUGAACAGGACGUACGCGUGAAUUUAUUAAAUGAAACAAUAGUAGCAGAUGGUUUCUGGUAUACUUCUAAAUGGUAUUUGCAGCUUGGAACUUAUAUUUUGAAUAAUAACGGAAUUAAGGGCAAUGGUUUAAAGAUAAAAAGAGCAAAAGAGAAUGGACAUUGGUUGAUAUUAGAGGACUACACUUGUAAUUGGGACAAAAUAAAAGCGAUAUGUCACUGAGUAUAGUCAGACGUCAGUCCGUGUUAUUGUUUAGCAUCAUAUCUAGCGUUUCUAUAUCAACAUCUAGCAGAUCAUUUUUCUUUUUAAGACUAGAACCC